CGCGCCAUGCCGAAAAACAGGAAACGGGAUCUUGGGAGAGGCGGAAAUUGCAGUGCUAGCGGAGCUCGGAAGUGCCAGCAGGCUGAGGAGGAGCGGGCGUUGCGUCGGGGAAGGAAGGUGCCUGGGCAGCGGGGAAGUGGGCUGGGUACAAAAUGUGGAAAGCAACAGCAGGCCACAGCAUCACUCUGAGCCAGGAUGAUGGUGCUGAUGACUGGGAGACAGAUCCUGAUUUUGUGAAUGAUGUGAGUGAAAAAGAACAGCGCUGGGGUGCUAAAACUGUCCAAGGAUCUGGUCACCAGGAACAUAUCAACAUUCAUCAGCUUCGAGAGAAUGUGUUCCAAGAGCACCAGUCCCUCAAGGAGAAAGAACUCGAAUCCGGACCCCAAGCUUCCCGUGGCUACGGAGGGAAGUUUGGUGUGGAACAGGACCGCAUGGACAAAUCAGCCGUUGGUCACGAAUAUCAGUCUAAGCUUUCGAAGCAUUGUUCCCAGGUGGAUUCGGUUAAAGGCUUUGGUGGUAAAUUUGGCGUACAAAUGGACAGGGUUGACCAGUCUGCUGUGGGAUUUGAAUACCAAGGAAAAACGGAGAAACAUGCUUCUCAGAAAGACUAUUCAAGUGGAUUUGGUGGGAAGUAUGGUGUGCAGGCUGACAGAGUAGACAAGAGUGCAGUGGGAUUUGAUUACCAAGGAAAAACAGAGAAACAUGAAUCCCAGAAAGAUUAUUCGAAAGGUUUUGGUGGUAAAUAUGGCGUGGACAAAGAGAAAGUGGAUAAAAGUGCUGUUGGCUUUGAAUACCAGGGCAAAACUGAAAAACAUGAAUCACAGAAAGACUAUACAAAAGGUUUUGGUGGAAAGUUUGGCGUACAGACUGACAGACAGGAUAAAUGUGCACUUGGCUGGGAUCACCAGGAAAAAGUACAGUUGCAUGAAUCUCAGAAAGAUUAUAAGAGUGGUUUCGGAGGGAAAUUUGGUGUUCAAACAGAAAGGCAGGACCAGUCAGCCCUGGGGUUUGACUACAAGGAGAAAUUAGCAAAGCAUGAGUCACAACAAGAUUAUUCUAAAGGAUUUGGUGGAAAAUACGGCGUGCAGAAAGAUCGGAUGGACAAGAAUGCAUCAUCUUUCGAAGAUAUUGAGAAAUUGUCUUCAACAUAUCAGAAGACCAAACCAGUGGAAGCUGCAAAUGCCAAAACAAGCAAUAUCAGAGCUAACUUUGAAAAUCUAGCUAAGGAGAAGGAACAAGAAGACAGAAGGAAAGCAGACAUUGAAAGAGCUCAAAGGAUGGCCAAGGACAAACAGGAACAAGAAGAUGCUAGGAGGGCACUAGAAGAGAAAGCCAAAUCCAAGAAACAGAGUCCUCCUGCAUCUCCAGCUCCACAACCAGUGGAAGAAAAUGUGCCAUCAAAUGUAAUCUACGAGGAUGCUGUUUCCUUCGAAUCUGGAUAUAAGAGUUCCAGUGCAAAUCUUUCAAAUGUACAUGAGCCAGAAAAUGACAGCAAAGCUGAAGAACCUGACUAUCAAGAAGCAGUUAGUCAGAGGGAGCCGACCUCUGAGUCAGGGGCCGUGUAUGAAGAGGCUGCAGCGGGAAAUCAGUAUCAAGCAGAUGAAACUACUUAUGAGUAUGAAAAUGACCUUGGAAUAACAGCUAUAGCCCUUUAUGAUUAUCAGGCUGCUGGGGAUGAUGAGAUUUCCUUUGAUCCAGACAACAUCAUUACCAACAUUGAAAUGAUAGACGAUGGCUGGUGGAGAGGGGUCUGCAAAGGCAGAUAUGGGCUCUUCCCAGCUAAUUAUGUUGAGCUGAGACAAUAGAAACUGAUGUCUAACAUUUAUGCCUUAAUACCGUGAUCAUUCAUCUGAUAUAUUACACUACAAAUCAUGUGGGGCUUUUUUGGUGCAGGAGAGGAGAUUGGAAGAAUCUAUUCAUACUCCUUUUAUAUUUAAAAUACUUUGCUGAUGCUUUUAUAAAUGUUUAAGGGUCCAGAAAUUGCUAAUAUAUUGUAACUCUUUAUGUUCCCCUGCAGCCUGUUACCAUACUUUUUAAUGCAUUUUGAAAAGGAGUUUUUCUUGAUUCCUUUGCCAAAUUGGUGGUGGUGAUUUUUUUCCCCCUAGGAGUUUUUAGCUCUUUCUGACAGUAGUACAUGUUUCAUUUGUACUGUACAAAUUAUAUCCAGCUAUUUUUUUCUUGUACUGAACAUGGUCAGUUUUCCAGCUCCCAACUGUUCGUAUCUAGGUCACUGGGAACAUGGCAGGUACGGGUGGGGGAAAUUCUAGCUGGUGGCAAAUAUUCAUGAAAAAGUUACUCUCUAUUAAUCUGAGAAAGGAUCCACUGCAGAAACCGUUUUUUUAAAAUGCAUAUUCUUGGGAAGUGCUCAAUCCAGCCGAAAACUCUGUUGGCAACUGUAGUGGAAUUUUUCCAGAAUUCCUGAUAAGGGCCUGAUGUAAGCCUCACCUGGCUUUGCAAUGUAAGUUUCAUUUAUGCUGCUUUUUCUCUCAUGCACCUAGAACACUGUGAAAUUUUUGGUCUUGGAGAUUAGAAGUUUCCAUUACAUGCCCUCUCUCACUGUCACCUUGGUGAUUAAACAGGCAGCAUUAAUUCCUAUUUGUAUGGUUUGCAAGGAGGACAAUGGGAUGAGAUGGCUUCCUCUAUAGUAAAUCUGUUUUGCGGCUAUAUUUCAGUAAAGGAAUACUGUUCUUAGCGGUAUGUUAAAACCUUGGAGGAAAUUGCUACUUUUAAACAAAGUGUAGAAAACUCAUUUUACAUACUCAGCUGUAACUGCCAGUAACACUUGAGUAAACUGUAAAGGUCUCUCUGUCUUUUGCCAAAUGUUAUGCUGAAUUUCUUGCCGUGACUUCAGUAGAAUAAAUUGAAAAUUAAUUAUUGAUUUUAACCACAUAAGCAUCCCUACCAAA